GCUCGAGCCGAAAGAGUGCACGAGUUGUGUUUGUGUAUUCCCAAUUCUGUCAGGAUUUCUCUUCGGAUCCCAUCGGCUGAUUGUGAAAAAUAGAAUCAUGAAUACCUUGCUGAUAAGUUUCCAAGAAUUUCUAGCAGUCCUAAGUUUGGGUACUGCUACUUAUUCUUAGAACAGAUGGAAUCCGUCAUCCCAGCAGAUAAAGGACAAGCUCUCAGUCAUUUAAGCGCAAGACAACGUCCGUCGUUUUUCAAACGGUCUUUCUUUCUACCUAGUUAUAAGAAAAAUUUAGAAAGCGCUUCCAGGUGCCUUGAUGUCAUUGAGAACGGAAUUCCUCAAAUUACGUCAUUGGAAACCACCAUGUGUGCCGAAAUCGUACACGUGGAACAAAUGGUGGAAGAAAGAAGAGUUAGAAAUCGCUCGUCUAGGUGGCGAGGUUACCUAUGGAGGGUUCAGCAAGCAAUUGGACGAUGGCGAUCGGAACGUAGAAGAGGCAGAGACAUUAUUAGAACGGAUUCAUUUUUGGAAAGAUUUGCGACGACGCCUAUGACAGAAGUUGUGGACAUCCACGAAGAAGUGCACUGGUGGAAUAGAUUUUCUUCUCCAUUUAUUGUGGAUCCGUCCGAAAGUUUCCAUUAUCAAUGGUUGUCUAUCAUUAGCGUGGCCGUUUUGUAUAACGUCAUCAUGAUCAUUGGGAGAAGUGUCUUCUGGGAAUUACAAAACAUUAGUCCGGUUACUUGGUACUGUCUCGAUUAUCUAUGUGAUUCUAUUUAUAUAUUUGAUAUGGGCCUACAUGCCAGGACAGGUUACCUAGAACAUGGUCUUCUGGUGAAGGAUACUCGAAAACUAUCGGCAAAAUAUUUUAAAUCUUAUCAAUUCAAACUGGAUUUACUCAGUUUAGCACCAACGGAUCUUCUAUAUUUGAUUUUGGGAACGAGUUGUACAAAAACUGUUCCGUGCACGGUUAUAGUUAGAUUAAAUCGACUUUUGAGAUUCUACAGGAUGCUCGAAUUCUUCGAUCGAACUGAAACCAGAACAAACCACCCUUAUGCCUUAAGGAUAGCCAAACUCAUAUUUUACAUAUUAGUGAUUAUCCAUUGGGACGCUUGCUUGUACUUUGCUGUUAGUUACGCCAUAGGAUUUGGCAGUGACGGUUGGGUUUAUAAGAACAUCAGCGAACCGAAAUUCGCUUCCUUCACCCAUCAAUACAUCUAUUGUUUUUAUUGGUCUACAUUAACUUUAACAACAAUUGGAGAAGUUCCGAUUCCAGAAAAAGAUGUGGAAUACGUUUUUGUAGUCAUCGACUUUCUUAUCGGAGUUCUUAUUUUCGCCACCAUCGUUGGAAACGUUGGUAGCAUGAUAACAAACAUGAAUGCGGUUAGAUCGGAUUUCCAGAGAAGAAUGGAUAACGUUAAACAAUACAUGGAAUUUCGUAAAGUGGGGAAAGAAUUGGAAAAUAGGGUUAUCAAGUGGUUCGAUUAUCUGUGGAUAAACAGGCAAUCCUUAGAUGAAGAUUCUGUAACUUCGGUUCUUCCUGAUAAGUUAAAAGCGGAGAUCGCAAUUCACGUGCAUCUGGAUACUUUGAAAAGAGUGCAUUUGUUUCACGAUUGUGAACCCGGUUUAUUGGUUCAACUUGUCCUAAAAUUAAAAUUACAAGUGUUUAGUCCCGGUGAUUAUAUAUGUCGUAAAGGUGACGUGGGUAAAGAAAUGUAUAUAGUAAAACGUGGAAGACUUAAUGUUGUGGGGGAUGAUGGCAAAUCUAUUUAUGCCACUCUUUGCGAAGGUAGUGUAUUUGGCGAAUUAAGUAUUCUGAACAUAUCCGGGGUGAAAACGGGAAAUAGAAGGACAGCAAACGUAAGAAGUGUUGGAUUCUCUGAUUUGUUCUGUCUUUCUAAAGAGGAUUUAUGGAAUGUAUUGGCAGAAUACCCAGAGGCGCAAAAAAUGCUUAUAGAACGGGGAAGACAGAUUUUAAUAAAGGACGGUCUCUUAGAUGAAAAUGUGGUUAAAAAGGAAGAGGAAGAACGCAAUCAACUCCAUAUUAGAUGUGAUAAUAUACAGGACGCUUUGGAAACUCUUCAGGGAAGAUUUGCCCAUCUUUUAGCAGAAUAUACUGCUUCGCAAAAGAAACUAAAAAGGAGAAUCACUAGAUUAGAAAAUGCAAUUGGUGCUGAUGCUAUUGGUGAUUAUCAAAUCAGUGACGACGACGACGACGAUGAUCAAAUUGACCAAUUAACAGAAUAAAACAAUCAAUCGAUGUUUCUAUUUAAUUGUUGCUAGUGAAAAUGAAGUAUUACAGGAUACUCAGGGAUUUAAAUUAAAUUCAUUUUAUUUAUUUACUUAUUAUUAUUAGCAUCAUAUUGUAUCUAUAAUAAUACCUGUUAUUUGAUUUUUUCUAAAAUUAAACGAAGUAUUAUUUAAAAUAUGAUUUAUUUUUAUAUAUGUUUUGCAAAAUUUGAAUUACGAUUAUCAGAAUGUUGGAUGAGUUUUCUCAACUGAUUUAUACUAAUGCGAAUUGUAAUGGUACAGCCUAUAAUUAGCAACAAUAAAAAAGAAUAGAAACAUUUGUUGAAAGUAUUAGGAAAAAUAUAGGUUCAAUAAGAAUUUAAUUAAGUUCUUGCAUGAACAGAGGCAUACUAUAUACAUACCCAAAAUGUUUUUCUAAAAUUCCAUGCAUAUUUUUACAAGUAGAAAUGUAAUUUAAGAAAGUGAUCAACAUUAUGAUCGCAAAUGUUAUACUUAUUAUAUUAUUAUAAAUUAUUCUCUUUCUAUACUAGAUUCAAAUACAUUAAAAAAGAAUUUUAAGAUAUUUAAGCAGUCCUAAAAAUUAAAUAAUAUAUUCAACUAUUUUUAAUUUUAUUGGUAGAAAUAAUAAACAGAUUGUAUAAUUUUGGCUAGUUAUUACUUUGUAUAAAUUUCCCUUGUUCUAUAAUUUACAGUUUUAUUCAUAAUUAUUGUGUUUACAGCCUAAUAGAUUCAUCAUAAAAAAUGAUAACUACUUUUUUAUAUUUAAUCAAUAUGAAGUAGGGAAAAAAUUCUCAAAAUUAUAUAAAAUGCUGAAAAAUUGUUUUCCGCUCAGAAUACAGAUGAAAAUUAGCCUAUUGGCUAGAAAUAUUUCUUAGCCUAUUGGCAAAAUUACAAGCAUAGAAGUCACUAGCAAUGCUCAUAGAACAAUCUUGAUUAAAGUUUUGUUGGAUCUUGCAGUAUUUAUCUCAUAUCUGAAUGAAUUUUAUAUUAUAUAAAAUUAAAAUAUAUUAAAGUUUGUAAUAAUUUGAUUUAUUUGUUUUUUUUACGUCUAUUUUAAUAAUUAUCAUUUUCUCCGAAAAUAAUACGAGGUCCCAUCUGCUUUUUAUCUCUUAAUAUUAAUUAACUUAAGGAUCAUUUUGUGUAAUUUCAUUUAUAUUCGGAAUGGUAAACAUUUUAUCAGCAUUCUAUAUAUAUAGCCUAUAUAUAUUUAAAAAUAUUAAAAUAUAGAACUUGACAUAAUAUAUUUGGCAAAUUAUUUUAUAAACCAUAUCAUAUAGUUCAUCUUACAAGGAUUUUCUGAGUUUUGGAAUAAAAUAAUAAUAAAUUUCAAUUUAACUAUCUCUCUCUCUAUUUCUCACUCUUUCUCUUUCACUGGAAUGUGAUUUAUUAACAUGAAAUUUGAAGAAAUUGGAAUUAAAUGCUAACUUAAAAAAACCUCUUUCUGCUAAUGAUAUAAUUUGAAAUUAUGAAAUUAUGUCCAGAGUUAUCAAUUUAUUUUGCUCUUUUUACAUAAUGAUAAAAAUAAAAUGGAAAAGAAAAACUUGAUACCUAUCAGCCUUGUAACUGUAUUUAAAAAUAAUAAAUUUGCUAAUAAAUUCACGUAUUAGGUACUUUCAUUCAGUACUGUACUUGAUAUCUUAUCUCGAACAAAGUUAUUAGUAUAGUACUAUAUAAACGAUUACAUAUUUGAAUAUAUUAUAAUUAAAAA